GGAGUCGGAAUUUGGAUAUUUCCAAACGACAACCAACCAAGAUGGCCGAAAGACGCUGGGAUGGGCCAUUCAACCGAAGCACAUCAAUCAGCCGAAAGUCGAAGACCUACCUAAUCAUCUUAAACACACCCAUCAAGAUCGCUAGGAAUGGGCAUCCUAACCAAGUGUUCGAAGACCUUUGGAAACUUUCGGAUUACAGGAUAUGUGCCGAUGGGGGAGCCAAUCGAUUACACGACUAUUGCUCAGCCUUGGGCGAAGCUCGAAAGAUGUUGAUACCAGAUUACAUCAAGGGAGAUUUGGAUUCGAUCCGACCAGAAGUCAAGCAAUUCUACGAACAUUCUGGAUCUCAAAUCACUCGAGAUCCAGACCAAGACUCGACGGACUUCGGGAAAUGUCUAGCGUUGAUCGAAGGGCUCGAAAGACAAUCUGAUUCGAAUGACUACUACAACCAUUCGACUGGCUUAUUGCUCAUCCAUGGUGGUCUCACGGGAAGACUCGACCAAACGAUCCAUACCCUUCAUACUCUCCUCGCAAGGCUUUGCCCAUCGCCAACUUCGUCAAGCAAUCUCUCGCAAGGUGUCCCAGAAACUUGGGUAGUGGAUACCGAUGCUGGAAGCAUGGCUUGUGCUCUCGAACGGGAGAUGAAACACCUCUUGGUCAUCCCGCCCAGCUGGAGACAAGGCCCGAGUCCGUUGACGUGCGGAAUUUUACCUAUCGGAAUCAAUCAAGCUACCGUGACUACGAAGGGGCUGAAGUGGAACUUGAGUGCGUGUACUUCUUUAUCCCAGCUGUCCAGAGGUAAAGAAUGA